AUGAAGUUUUUUUCAAUCACUGCUGCUGCCUUGCUGUUCUCGCCUGCUCUUGGAAAGUUUCUGAGCGGUGUUCCGUGGGGAACUGACAACCGGUGGGCUUACAAGCUCCCCAAAGACUCUGUGUCCUGGUACCAUCACUGGGAGAAAGGCAUGAUCUUCCAGAUGCCUUCGUCUUGUGAGUACGUCCCUACCUUCUGGGGCCCGAGCAAGCAGGGCGACUGGAACAUGCGUAAAUUUGAGAUUGCUACCAACAACAAGAUUAAAAGCAUUCUCGCUUUUAACGAGCCCGACGUGCCUUCGCAGGCUUCCAUGACUCCGGAGCAGGCAGUGGCCCUCUUUAUGAAGGAGUUGCAGCCGUACGCUGAGAAGGGCUAUCAAGUCAGCUCGCCUCAGAUGGUGUUUAACAUGGAUUGGCUUUCGCGAUUCAUGAGCCAGUGCCACGAUGCUGGUUGCAAAAUUAGCUUUAUGGCUCUUCACUGGUACGGUGCUCCCACGGACAUGGACAAGUUUACCGCAUGGGUUGAUGGUGUGUAUCAAAAAUUCAAACUCCCCAUCUGGAUCACCGAGUACGGCCUCACUUCUGGUUCGAACCCGUCGGACGAGCAAGUGAUGAACUUUUUGAGGGGCACCACGGAAUGGAUCGCUUCGAAACCCUAUGUUCAACGCGCUGCAUGGAACGGUGGAUAUGACAUCUCUGCACCUCCGGACGCGUUCGCCACUCCUCUCAAUGCAUUCUUUGUGGGCAAUGGUGACAGUUACCGAUCCACUGCCAACUACUGGUUUAAUGGUCUCCCCAACACUGGUCUGAUUACCCUUCCCAGCGAGCGUGCUGCGCUCGCACAUGCCAAUGCCAGUGCCAAGCCUCAGCAUGGCCAUGGCCAUGGCCAUGGCAAGCGAGACGGUCUCGCUAAGCGUAGGCUGUCGCAGUAA